AUGCUCUAUCGCCGCAGCAGCAACGAGGUCUUUGAGUUUCUCUUCUGUAUCUACGCCGCCGGCUGGGUCCUCGACGAAGUCGCCGCCGUGGCAGAGCACGGCUGGGAGGUCCACGCGCAAAAUCUCUGGUCCUGGCUCGACGUUACCUUUUCCGCAAUCUACGCCGUAUACGUCCUGGCGCGCAUCUACGACGUAGGAGCAGGCCACUUCCCCGACGGUCACGGCUUACACAUCCUCCCGCUCGCGGCGCCCAUUCUGCUCACCCGCGUCGCCUUCAACAUCGCACCCGACAACAUCGUUCUCAUCUCCUUACACGCCAUGAUGAAGGAUUUCUUGCUGUUGUCGUUCCUCGCGUGCUGGUGCUUCAUGGGCUUCCUCCUUGCGCUGCAGUGGCUCAUCGACUCCAACGACAACUUCAACGAGACGCCCUCGUGGUUCGCCAUUUGCAAGUGGAUGCUCUGGAUCUGGUUCGGUCUCGACGGCACCGGCAUCCAGGAGUCGACGCAGUUCCACAUCAUUCUCGGCCCGGCGCUCAUGGUCGGCUUCGCGUUCCUCGGCAACACGCUGUUCCUGACGAUCCUCGUCGCCGUGCUCACAAACACUUUUUCCAAUAUUAUUGCCGACGAGGCGGCUGAGGUACGCUUUCGUCGCGCGGUGCUGACCUUCGAAGGCGUCAAGAGCGAUGCCAUCUUCGCAUAUCCGCCGCCCUUUAACAUCUUUGCGCUUGCGACGCUGCUGCCGUUACGGUUCGCCGUGUCAGCCGAGACGUUUCACAGGGUCAACGUCGCGCUCAUUCGCGCGCUGAAUUUGCCGACGUUGUUGUUGAUCAGUCUAUACGAGAGGCGACAGUUUUCGCGCCGGAUGAGGAAGAAAAUGAGUGGUGGCGGUGGCCGCCAGAGAUUCUUGGGUUGGCAGCUUUCGGGGUUCUCGCCGCACGGCGAUAUCCAGGCCGUGUUCGAUACGGCUCCACCGCCGGAUGUUGCUGAUUUGAUCGAGGAGCUGGAUAAGAUUGGCGACGAGGGGUCUGUGACGAGCGAGGUUGUGCCCAAGUUGUCGGCUGAUUUGGGUCGACCUAUUCGAUGGAGAUCAAGGCUACGGAAUGGGGUUCAGGAGCACGAUGAUUAA